AGUGUGAUCUGAGAGAUGGCGGAGCUGAGCGCGAUUCGGCAGGAACUUAGAACCAGAAAUCAGAGCAGUUCUUUCGGGACCCUCAGUAUGUCCCCCCAAAAAGAUGAGCAACAAAAACUGGCUAUUCCGUUCUGCGGCGGCAUACGGGGCGGGAUGCGCCCGGGGAAGAAAAUCACGAUCAUGGGCGUCGUGAACCCAGACCCGGACAGUUUUGACAUCAGUCUGACGUGCGGUUGCGGAGACGUGGCUCUGGACGUCUGUGUACAGUUUGAAGACCGUGAGAUUUUGCGGAACGCCUGUGUUUCUGAUGCCUGGGGAGAGGAGGAGAGAUCAAUUCCAUAUUUCCCCUUCAUCGCAGAUCAGCCUUUCAGGGUGGAGAUCCAUUGUGAGCACCCGCGUUUCCGUGUGUUUGUAGACGGUCACCAGCUCUUCGACUUCUAUCAUCGAGUGACAUCACUGACAGCGAUCGACACCAUACAGAUCAGCGGCAGUCUGACCAUCACCAAGCUCAACUGAUCCAUCCAGACUCUGGCCAUUAAACAUCAUGCACAACCCAUCUACGAUCCACCUUAAACACCAGAACAUUCCAGAAUCGCACAACUGGACCUCUAGAAUCUAUAGAACAAAAUGACUUUGAGGAGAUCUUCUGAUACUUGUUUUUGAAGUAUCAGUGAAAGUGGAGAUUGCACAUAAUCCACAUUAAUAUCAUCAUCAAUGAAAAGCUUCAUGUGCUGAUAUAUAUGAGAUUAUGUAAAUGAGCACACUUCCUGAAUUUGAUAAUGUAACUGCCAAUGUUCUCAGGAGAAAUCCUCAAAGAGAUUGAUUUAUUUCCGAAACAUUUAUAAACAGGGUGAUUUGAGAGUUUCAUGUGUAGUGAUAUUUUCAUUUAUAAUUCCACAAUGAUGCUGAAAGCACAACGGAUGACGUGCAGUAGUUAUAGGGGCUGUUGCAUCAGGAAUCGUUGCAUUGAAAUGCUUAUGAUAUGUUUGUGAAUAUUUAUUGCCAUUGACCACACAGAGUUUAUUCUGAAUUACUCUGUAAUGAAUUAAAGAUUUUAAAUGAAUAUGUUUGGAUUGUUUAUGUAUUGUUCUCUUUCUCUCUCAUUCUAUUCGGCCUGUUAUGAGACCUUGUUUCUAC